AUGGUUGUGCACGAUGCAAGAGUAAGCGGAUACAAGUCUAACUCAUCUAUUCCGUCGUAUCAACAGGUGAAAUGUGGAGAAGAAAAGCCUCACUGCAGUCGCUGUCUUCGUCUGGGCGUAAAAUGCCCCGGCUAUAUCCAGUCCCUGCGCUGGGUCACCAAAUAUCCCCAGACUGCAGCAGAUGACCACGAUGAGAACAACGACACCGACAAAUCACCGUCAAAACUGAUCCCGUCGCCGGACGAUCUAGGCGCAGCGUCGUCCCCUAACCCACGGCCACCGGAUCAUCCAGUGGACGCAUUAUCGCAUACCUCGUUGGUCCCGGCAGAUCACCUCCCAAUAACACCGCAUGUCCCGGAAUCCAGAGAUCCCAACGUAGAUGCGCCAUCUACGCUCUGUGAUAAUCUGUGGGAUCUGGAGCAAGCAGACUCACUGCCAGAAUUGACGGAUUUGUGUCCUCCAUCACCUGCCUCGGCCUCCGCAUCUUCCGCCGUCGCACCCCAACAUGGAAAUACAUUGUUCGAAUUUGGAUCCCCCAACAACCCGGGGAAUCCAUUUAGCUUCUUCUCCCUCGCCGCGCCUUUUUUACACAGCGAGCCUCGAAACUUUUCCGGCUUCUCCCCCUCAACUAUCGUGCGGAACUACCCUCCGUCAAACCAAGCACGACCUUCUCACCGCGACAUUACCUCCAUCCCGCAACCUCUAAAUAACCCUUCUUGGACCCUCAUCGAAUACUAUUUCAAAGAUGUAGCCGCUCUGUUCUCAAGCUACGAUAGCCAGAUGAAUCCGUUUCGAUCAACCGUGUCACGUCUGUGGGGCUCCUCAUUAGCCAUGUGCAAGACUAUGCAGAGUAUGGCGGCUGCCACGUUAGUGAGCGACUUUCCACAUUUCGGGCCCAUGGGACGCAAGCUACGAAAUGAAGCUAUCGAUAUUAUCACCAAGGAGGCUGCGAUGGAUGACAAGUCUCUCCUGGCGCUACUCAUGCUGGGACAGACGGCCAGCUGGCAUGACUCCAAGGACUUAGGACUGUCGUUCUUCAACCUUCUUCGAAACCACCUCGACACCAAAAGACUGGAGCAUGCCAGCCCCGGCCGUAGCAACAACCAUCAGUUCUUCGAAGAAGCUCUGAUCUACUGGGAGAUGCUCCUCUCCUUUGUCGCGGAUGACUCGGCGGUAUUGUCGGGGACCACUGGUGCGGGCGUGGGCGAAUCGUUCGUCCUACAACGUGUCCCACACCCGUGGACCGGAAUUGCACGCGACACGCAAUUUACCGUCCAGGAAGUCGGAAGACUCGUCCGUUAUGAGCGGAAGCGGAUCCGCUCUCGACAUUUUACUUCUCAUGCAGACAUCGCCCAGGCUCAACGUGCAAUCCAGAAAGCCCGUGAGUUGGAAGAACGACUGCUGGGUCUGGCCCACCCAGCUGAAGCCGAGAUCGUCAGCCCCGGCGAUGACGAAACUCCCGUCUGGCAUCUCCUCACUAUGGCUGAGGUAUACCGCUGCACGGGCCUGAUGCAGCUCUACCGCACCUUUCCCGAUCUUCUCCACCGCCGAUUACCUCUCCAACAGACACCCCAGGCCUCCCCACAAGCCCAAGAACCCCAGCAAACACCCCCGAGCGCGCGGGAUCCCUUCCUAUCUCUGGAAACAGAUCCCGGAAUGGACAGCACAAGCUGGUUCUGCGACCCCACCACGUAUCUCCAGUCAGACAACACCGAUAUGGACGCCACAAGAAGCGCGUCAGAUACCUUUUAUAAUAAGUGGCUUACAGAGUUUGCCCUCACCACCCUUUCCCGCCUGAAAACGAUACCCCUGGAGUCUCGAACCCGCUGUCUCCAACCGUUCUUAUUGGUCGCCUCCUGUAGCGAGCUGCGGCUGCCCCGAGACACUCCGCUGCCACAAACACCGCAUGCCUCGUUGGACGCCACGGGGCCCAAUAUCUCUUCUCAUGCGAUCGACGUCUCCCGGACUCGUCGGUUUGUCUUGGGCCGGCUGACCUCCUUCCUGCAUGUGCUGCCGCCCAAGCCGAUUAGUGUUUGUCUGCAACUGGUGCAGGAGGUCUGGAAGCGAAUGGAUGCCGGCGAGCCCGGCGUGUACUGGAUGGACGUCAUGAUCGAGAAGGGGUGGGAGACGACGAUGGGGUGA